UCCUUAACUGGAUUAGGUCCUUGUCGGCCAUGUGGUCUCGGGUAUUACAGCACUGGAACUUGGAGCACUAAAUGCAAGCAGUGCCCAGCUGGGACUACAACGGUUCUGCCUGCUGCAUCAAAGAUAGAAGAGUGCGGAAUGAAGUGUGCUCCAGGUACAUAUUCGUCCAGUGGUGUUGAACCGUGCAAACCUUGUGAGAAAGGAUUUUAUCAACCCGAGGAGGGAAAACUAAGUUGUUACCCUUGCAAAGGGAAGAAGUCGACUUAUGGCCCAGGAGCAAAAACGGAAGCCCGUUGUCUAGAAAUCAACAACUGUGCCUCGAAUCCUUGCAACAACGACGGGAAAUGUUUAAACAAGCGGGAAGGCUAUGAGUGUGAAUGUCGGGACGGUUUUAGUGGCAAAAACUGUGACGACGAAGUCAGUCAGUGUCUUUCAAAUCCUUGUUAUAGUAACGCCGAAUGUGUUGAUAAGAUCGACGGCUAUGAAUGUCUCUGUGCACCAGGUUUUGGAGGUGUGAACUGCGACGAACCUCUUCCUCAAUGUGGAAGUAAUCCAUGUAAAAACAGUGCCAAAUGUAUCGAAACUCCCGGGUCAUAUGUGUGUAAAUGCCAGAAUGGCUGGGCAGGGAAAUUCUGCGAGGUAAACCGAGAUGAUUGUUUCAAGAAACCCUGCAAGAACGGUGGGAUAUGUCGAGAUGACGUCGAUGGCUUCCGGUGUGAAUGCGUGGCUGGAUAUAAAGGCGAUCAGUGUGAGAUUAAUGUAGAUGAUUGUGCCAGUGAUCCUUGUGGUCAAAAUGGAAAGUGUGAAGACAAGGUGAACGGCUAUAUUUGCCAUUGCAUGGCAGGAUAUACAGGAGAAAGAUGUCAAACCAGAAUUAAUCAUUGCAAUAGUUCCCCUUGUCAACGAGGAAAAUGUGUGGAAAAGGAUGGAAGCUUCGAAUGUCAAUGUCCUCCAAGAUAUGCUGGAAAAUCCUGCGAAAAGAAUUGA